GCCGCGGGUCGGGCCAUGGCGGCGCUGCGGCUGCGGCUCGCGCUGUCGGUGCUGUGGCACUUGGCCGCCGCCGGCCGCGGGCUGGAGCUGGGCGCGCUGGAGGCGGCGCGGGGCCGGGCGGCGCGGUGCCAGCCCGUGGACAUCCCCAUGUGCCGCGGCAUCGGGUACAACCUGACCCGGAUGCCCAACCUGCUGGGCCACGAGAGCCAGCGCGAGGCCGCCCUGAAGCUGCACGAGUUCGCGCCGCUGGUGGAGUACGGCUGCCACGUCCACCUGCGCUUCUUCCUCUGCUCGCUCUACGCGCCCAUGUGCACCGACCAGGUGAGCGCCAGCAUCCCCGCCUGCCGGCCCAUGUGCGAGCAGGCGCGGCACAAGUGCGUCCCCAUCAUGGAGCAGUUCAACUUCGGCUGGCCCGAGUCGCUCGACUGCGGCCGCCUGCCCACCAAGAACGACCCCAACGCGCUCUGCAUGGAGGCCCCCGAGAACGCGUCGGCCGCGGAGCCGCACCGCGGGCAGGGGAUGCUGCCGGUCGCGCCCCGCCCGUGGCCGCCGGGCUCCGCCGAGAGCAGCGGCCCCGACGGGCCGGGAGCCUGCGCCAACCCCGACAAGUUCCAGUACGUGGAGAAGAGCCUGUCCUGCGCCCCCCGCUGCUCGCCCGGCGUGGACGUGUACUGGUCCCGCCGGGACAAGGACUUCGCCUUCGUCUGGAUGGCCGUGUGGUCCACGCUCUGCUUCGUCUCCACCGCCUUCACCGUGCUCACCUUCCUGCUGGACCCGCACCGCUUCCAGUACCCCGAGAGACCCAUCAUCUUCCUCUCCAUGUGCUACAACGUCUACUCCGUGGCCUUCAUCAUCCGCUCGGUGGCGGGGGCUGAGAACAUCGCCUGCGACCGGGAGAACGGCGAACUCUACAUCAUCCAGGAGGGGCUGGAGAGCACGGGCUGCACCAUCGUCUUCCUCAUCCUCUACUACUUCGGCAUGGCCAGCUCCCUCUGGUGGGUCGUGCUCACCCUCACCUGGUUCCUGGCCGCCGGUAAGAAGUGGGGGCACGAGGCCAUCGAGGCGCACAGCAGCUAUUUCCACAUGGCCGCCUGGGGCAUCCCGGCCAUGAAGACCAUCGUCAUCCUCACCAUGCGGAAGGUGGCGGGGGACGAGCUGACGGGGCUGUGCUACGUGGGCAGCAUGGACGUCAGCGCUCUGACCGGCUUCGUCCUCAUCCCGCUCUCCUGCUACCUGGUGGUGGGCACCUCCUUCAUCCUCACCGGCUUCGUCGCCCUCUUCCACAUCCGGAAGAUCAUGAAGACGGGCGGCACCAAGACAGAGAAGCUGGAGAAGCUGAUGGUGCGCAUCGGGGUCUUCAGCGUCCUCUACACGGUCCCUGCCACCAUCGUCAUUGCCUGCUACUUCUACGAGCGUCUCAACGUGGAUUAUUGGAACCUCCGUGCCCUGGAGCGCGGCUGCAUCCCGCUGCCCAACCGACGUGCAGCCAACUGCUCUCUGGACACCUCAGUGCCCACCGUGGCCGUCUUUAUGCUGAAGAUUUUCAUGUCCUUGGUGGUGGGCAUCACCAGCGGGGUGUGGGUCUGGAGCUCCAAGACGUUGCAGACCUGGCAGAGCCUGUGCAACAGGAAGCUGGGAGUGAGGACGAGGGGCAAGCCCUGCAGUGGGGUGAGCUGCGGUGGGGUGCACUGCCACUAUAAGGCACCCACUGUCAUGCUGCAUAUGACCAAGACGGACCCGUAUCUGGACAACCCGACUCACGUCUAAUGUGGGGCUGCCCCCAAUAGCUGUCUGCUUUUCCUAGGAAUCAUCCUGUUGUUGCUGUUGCCAAAUCCAAUGACUGUUCUAACGCUUUUAUUGGGGGGCGGCUGGGGCUGGAGCAGCAGGAAAAGGGGAAUAAUCCAGUUUGUGUUUAUUUAAUUCUGUAAUUUAUUUUAGAUUUUUUGUUUUUUUUAAUCAUUAGCUGCGAGGAAUGGAAAACAAACAAUAAACCCCUGGAUGUGUUAUUCCAAAUGA